CUUCCGAGUGUUAGCGAUGAGAAGCCUAUGGAGAGUGGCGAAGGCUUCUGUCAGAACAAUAUUGAGAGUAUGGGCUCCAACCUUCCGAGUGUUAGCGAUGAGAAGCCUAUGGAGAGUGGCGAAGGCUUCUGUCAGGUGUAUCGGGGGGUCACCUGUUCUCAGUUCAUACAGAACCGUACGAUUUACGUGCGAUCGAUGACCAGCCAGGGCUUCAUGGAGGAGAAGUUGGCCAAAGCCUUCACAGUGAUCGCCACAUCCCAUGACGUCUCCCUUCAGUGCCAUCGAUAUGCCAUCUCUUCCUUAUGUUUCUUCGCGUUCCCCUUAUGUGAGGACAAUGCGGCUGAACCCACGCCCAGACAGGUUUGUCGCGAUGAGUGCGAAGUACUCGAGAGUAACAUUUGUAGGAUUGAGUACACAAUUGCCAAAAAGCAUCCACUUAUCGGUCAGAAACAUAUUUUGCCGGCUUGUGAAGAGUUACCUCCCAUUGGAUCCAAGGAGAGCGAGAAUUGUGUCCGAUUAGGCAUUCCUAAUACAGUUCAAGUAUCGCACGAUCAUAAGUGUUAUACAGAGAUUGGGGAGACCUAUAGAGGGACGGCAUCGCGCACUGUGUCGGGUCUGGAAUGUGGUUAUUGGAGUCAUCAGAUAUUCCUGCGAACGGCUGAUUACCCCGAGCUGACGGGUGGCCAUAACUAUUGCCGAAACCCUGGUAACAUGGAGUCGAGACCCUGGUGUUUCGUACAGGACCCUGAAGUUCGCAAAGAAUAUUGCGAUAUUCCUGAGUGUUUCGAUCAAUACUUCAUGUGGUAUUACAUCGCACCGACUGCCGGAGCGCUGGCAUUAUUUUUGCUGCUGCUAUGCAUUUGCUGUAUUCGGCGCCGCAAUCGCAAUAAGCCGUCGUCGCCCAUAGUGUCACUCAAUGGCACCAAAACGGCCCGAACUCUGGCCAGUCCUGCCUUCAGCACAAACAGCUCUCGAAGAAGUCGUGGAAACACUAACUUAGAGAUGAAUGCAUUACUCCCUCACAGCAGACAACCCACAAAUCGUGUCACAGAAUACUCGAUGCAAUCGAUUCGCUUCGUCCAGGAGUUGGGCGAAGGAGCGUUUGGCAAAGUCUAUAGGGGAGAGCUGGUCAUGACUGCCGGUGCUAUCGUUCCCAUCGCUAUUAAGACACUCAAAGAGAACGCCACCACAAAAACACAGCAAGACUUCCGGCGCGAGGCAGAGCUCAUGUCAGACCUCCAGCACCCGAAUAUUGUCUGUUUGUUAGGAGUUUGCAUUCGAGAGGAACCGAUGUCUAUGUUGUUUGAAUACAUGUCCAAAGGAGACCUUCACGAGUACCUCAUCUGUCAUUCGCCCCGAUCUGAUGUCACCACACGGUCUGAUGAUAAUUCACAGCAUAUCCUCGAAAUUCAAGACUUCCUCCACAUCGCCACCCAAAUCGCUGCCGGAAUGGAAUACCUGGCCGGACAUCACUUUGUUCACAGAGAUUUGGCCGCCAGAAACUGUUUGGUUGGGGAACACCUCACUGUCAAGAUAUCAGACUUUGGACUCUCUAGAGAUAUCUACUCCAGUGAUUAUUAUAGAGUUCAAUCUAAGUCUCUGUUGCCGGUUAGAUGGAUGCCUCCCGAGAGCUGUCUUUAUGGGAAGUUCACCACUGAGAGCGACGUCUGGUCUUUCGGUGUAGUCUUGUGGGAGAUAUUCAGUUAUGGUCUUCAGCCGUACUAUGGAUUCACAAAUACUGAUGUCAUAGAUAUGAUACGUUCGCGACAACUACUGGCCUGUCCUGAGGACUGUCCGCCGCAUAUAUACUCACUGAUGAUUGAGUGCUGGCACGAGAUUCCCAACAAAAGGCCGUCGUUUCACGAGCUGCACACUCGGCUCCGGUCGUGGCAGGCCGUCCACCUCAGGACUAUGACUCUCCACUCGACUAACAGCAGUCAUAACAGCGGACACAGCGCCCACUCCGGACCCCAACACCAACACACCAACGGAUUCAUCAAUAAUCGCACAAAUAAUUCAACGCAACCUAACAAUCAUUUUCAUUCAUACCAUCCGUUGUCAACACCGGUUCCCAUACCGACCCCACCAUUAAGUCACAUUGCUAAUCACACUCAUCAUCACCAAAUCCAUCACUUCAAUAGUCCCGCAGUGAACCCUAAUUUAAGGAAUGGCUUCUCAAAUAUAGGUCAACCCAUGCAUAACCAGAAUUCUCACGUCAAUUCUGUGUUUCAUUUCCACGAACCCAACAAUUUUCACAACUCUUCGAGCUCUUCGAGUCGUCCCAACACUCCUAACAACAGGAAAAUGCCGAUCGGAGGCAACGCUAACUCUGCCAUACAUUCCUAAACGUGUCUAUUAUUAAAUUAUUUACAAAAUAAUAUAAAUUAUAAUAUAAUUAUGAGAAUCUCUAUUCAUAU